AUGCAAACUAAACGUGUCUUGAAGAAACUUCCCAGCAUUCACAGAUACUAUUACAAGCCUGGUGAUCUCAUUAUUGGUGGGAAUUUGCAUAUGCAUAGCUUUGUUACUUUCAAUAAACCAGACUUUCAAAACGAUCCAUCACAGUUUAUUUUUUCUACUUUAUUACUACCCAAGAAUUACCAGCAGUUCAUGGCCUUGGUGUUUGCCACCAGGGAGAUCAACAAGGAUCUGCAUCUCCUGCCCAACAUCACCCUUGGCUUCCACAUCUAUGACAAUCGCCAGAUUGAGAUAUCUUUAGACAGCUUCUCCCUGCUCUCCACUCGAGGCCGAAUGGUUCCAGGUUACAAAUGUAACAGGCAGGACCCUCUGCUCUCUGUCAUUGGGGGUCUCAACCCCAAAUCCUCAAGGCAGAUGGCCUCCCUCUUCAGCCUCUUCAAGAUCCCACAGCUCGGCGUUGGCUUUGAGUUCAUUAAAGAAGACAGAAUAGUUUAUCCUUCCUUCAUCUGGAUUAAUCCCAAGGAAUCUCCUCAGUAUGAAGGUUUAAUCCAGCUGCUCCUGUAUUUUCACUGGAACUGGGUUGGGCUGGUGGCGCCUGAAGAUGACAGUGGAGAACAUUUCAUCUCAUUUCUGAAACCAAUGCUGAAGGAGAAGGAGAUCUGUUUGGCUUUCACUGAAAUGUUGAAAUCAGAUUUUCUUGGUGCUAUAAUGUUGAAAUUACUUCAUAUUUUUGAGACUUGGUCUAAUGUUGAAGUGUUUAUUCUGUUUGGAGACUCCAGGAGUGUUACAAAUGUACAGCUAGCAACCAAUCUAUAUGAACAGUCGAGAAAGACAUCAUUUUGGAAAGUUUGGAUCUUAACUUCCCAUUGGAAACUUAGUGUGGCCAGUAAUCAAGACAUCUUGAAAGUAGUAAAGCAGUUCCAUGGGGCUUUGCACUUUAGGCCCCACACUGGGGAGGUCUUGGAAUUCAGUCAUUUCCUCAUGUCUUUAGACCCCCUGAAGCCACAAGGGGACGUCUUUCUCCCGCUGUGUUGGGAAAAGUUGUUUGGCUGCAUGAUGGACAAACCAGGCAGGAUCCUUCCAAAGUGGGGGAAACCAUGUACAGGAAAGGAGAAUUUACACAAUCUACCCUCUUACAUUUUUGAAACAAGCAUGGAAGGUGAAAGUUACAACAUCUACAAUGCCGUUUAUGCCAUGGCAUAUACAUUGCAUGAACUGCAUGGUUCUGUGGGACAAACAGCCAUGUUAAGACUCGGAAAGAGAAUCUCAAAUAUUCAGUCAUGGCAGAUUCUUCCCUAUCUGAGGAACAUCCAGUUCAACAACAGUGCUGGAGAGGAAGUCUCCUUCUCAGAAAGCGGAUUGGUUUCUUCUCGUUAUGAUCUUCUCAACUGGCUUCUCCUCCCCAAUCUAUCUUUUCUCCCUACGAAAGUUGGACAAAUAUAUUCCAUGGCUUCUCUGGGUCAAGAUUUCACCAUUAACUCUGAUGCAAUCACCUGGGCCACAAAGAAGGUGCCCUUUGCCAGGUGUGGCAUGAAGAGGUGCCAGGCAGGAGAGAGGAGAAGCGUUCCAGAGGGUGAGCAGGUUUGCUGCUACCAGUGUGGCCCUUGUCCAGAAGGAACCAUCUCAAAUCAGACAGAUGCAGCUCAUUGUGAUGCCUGCCCAGAGGACCAAUAUCCGAGCAAGGACAAGGACCUCUGCAUUGCCAAGAAGAUCCACUUUCUUUCAUAUCAAGACACCCUGGGAUACGUUUUAACUUCUCUCACUCUUUUCCUCUCUGUAACCACAUCUGUAGUCCUGGUGAUUUUCCUUAAACAUCAUGACACACCAAUUGUCAAGGCCAACAAUCAAGAUCUCACCUAUCUCCUCCUCAUCUCCCUCAUACUCUGCUUCCUCUGCUCCUUCCUCUUCAUUGGUCGACCUGGAAAGUUCACCUGUCUCUUCCAACAAACUGCCUUUGCCAUUCUCUUUUCCCUUGCAGUCUCUUCUGUCUUGGCAAAAACUGUCAUGGUGGUUCUAGCCUUCAUGGCUACAAAACCAGGGAACAAGACAAGGAAACUCUUAGGAAAACCACUGACCAACUCCAUUGUCUUAGCCUGUCCCCUGGUCCAAGCAGUUAUUUGUGCCAUCUGGCUGACCACCUCUCCUCCAUUUCUCAACUUGGACUUUCACUCCUUGGUAGGAGAGACUAUCAUGGAAUGUAAUGAAGGAUCAGCUUCAAUUUUUUAUGCUGUCCUUGCCUAUCUCGGUUUCCUGGCCUUCGUCAGUUUCAUGGUGGCCUUUCUGGCUAGGAAAUUGCCUGACAGUUUUAAUGAAGCCAAGUUCAUUACUUUCAGCAUGCUGGUCUUUUGCAGUGUUUGGAUCACCUUCCUGCCCACCUAUUUGAGCACCAAAGGGAAGUCCAUGGUGGCUGUGGAGAUCUUCUCCAUCUUGGCCUCUGGGGCUGGUCUCUUGGCUUGCAUCUUUUCCCCUAAAUGCUACAUUAUCCUAUUUAAACCUAAUCUCAAUUGUAGAGAGAAUAUAAUGAGGCAAAAGAAUAUCUGGUUAUAA